ACUCAGGCUAUUACCACGUUUUUUCAACAACAAAUAUGGCGGAUGAUAGUAGUGACGACGAAGGUCCAACUCCAAGUAAGAUUCCUAGGGUUUCAAAGUCGAAAGAUCAGCAAAAGCGCUUAAUUGUUAUUUUGGAGAGAGCAUCAUUAGAAACAGUAAAGAAUGGCAAAAAUUUUGAACUCCUAAAUUGUGACGAUCAUAAACAUAUAAUGAAAAAACACGACAAAAAUCCUGCAGAUUAUCGUCCAGACAUCACUCAUCAAUGUUUACUUAUGUUAAUGGACAGCCCCCUUAACCGUGCUGGAUUGUUGCAAGUGUACAUACAUACAGAAAGAAACGUAUUAAUAGAGAUUAAUCCGCAAACGCGCAUCCCUCGAACAUUCAAUCGAUUCUGUGGUUUGAUGGUUCAACUUCUCCACAAGCUCAGUAUACAUGCGUCAAACGGUCCAAUAAAAUUAAUGAAGGUCAUAAAAAAUCCUAUCACAGAUCAUCUUCCAGUUGGUUGUAAAAAAUAUGUAACUUCGUAUAAAGCCAAAAAGUGUAUCAAACUUCGAGAAUUUGAUCCUCCUGAAGAACCUAUAGUAUUUGUAGUUGGUGCGUUCGCCCAUGGAAAGAUUGACAUAACCUACGGCGAAGAAGAUGUAGCCAUCAGUGAAUAUCCGCUCUCCGCCGCAUUAACAUGUACGAAGGUGUGUUCUGCGUUUGAAGAAUCGUGGGGGAUCACUUAAUUCUGCGUGCAUACGCAGAUAAGCGAAAUACGGCAAACAUUAUUCUCGAUCGUAUUGUAUUUUUGUAUUUCGUACUGUAUUUUGUUAGUCGUGCUCGAUUUAUCUUUUUAUAAUAAUAAAAAUAAGAGUUG